AUGUUCCAAUACGCCCAAGCUCACCGACCGGAAUUCAUCCUGCCAGGAUGGUUCGUUUAUCUCCGUAUUGCACAGGGUGUCCUAGCCGUGUUAUCCUUGAUCCUGUCUGCGUUCGCAGCGGCAAAAUUCGUUGACACCACAGCUGAUACGGCCACGUUUUUUGCCUGGACUGCUAUUUACAUUCCAGCGGCAAUCUUUGUGAUCCCACAAUUCCCAGAUGAGAUCAAAUCAAUUGCCAUGUUUUUAAUCAUGGAUGUUCUAAGCACAAUCUGGUGGUUGGUUGGAUUUGGUCUAUCGACGGCCGCUGCAGUCCUCCUCGGCGCGGCGCUCGAUAUCGUAAUCAAUGCUUUUGGGUCCGAUCCUCGCACCAAGGUCUACGAUGAUUAUCUUCGCGCCUGGACCAUCGGUUGUGCUGUUACCAGAGCAAGUGUCGGGGUUGCGGGGCUUGAGUUGUAA